UAGUAUAGAAGAUUGGAGGAAAAUCAAGAAAAUAUACUAAAAAACAAUGGCGACUUUGAAUGUGGACGCGACUUCUUCUUCUUCACCAGCUGCACUUCCUGGAGUUUCUCGUUUCCAUCACACCCCUUGUUACUGUGAGGAGAAUGUAUAUUUGCUAUGUAAGAAGCUCUCAGAGGAUGGGAUCGCGAAAUCAGAUGGAUCUGAUCUAUAUGUGGUUUUCAUUUCCAAUGAAAAAAAGCAGAUACCAUUGUGGCAUCAAAAGGCAAGCCCGAGAGCAGAUGGGGUGAUUCUCUGGGAUUAUCAUGUUAUCUGUGUACAAAAAAGAAAAGAUAGCAACCUGCCUCAUCUAGUGUGGGAUUUAGAUUCAAGCCUUCCUUUCCCAUCUCCAUUAGCCACAUAUGUUGCAGAAACUAUUCGGCCUUCAUUUCAACUAUUCUCUGAGUUUCAGAGGUUUUUUCGGAUUGUACAUGCACCAGUAUUCCUGCGAUCUUUUGCAUCUGACAGAAGACACAUGAAAGAUUCUGCUGGAAACUGGAUUUCUCCACCUCCUUCAUAUGAAGUAAUUAUUGCAGAAGAUGGAACUGAUCAUAACCUGAAUGAGUACAUGGAGAUGUCCUCUGCCAAUGUUGUGAAAAGCAUUGGACCUGAUACUAUAGAUGCUGUAUUGAACCAAAAGCUUGGUGUGCUAGUGAGUGAAAGCCAUUUAGAGGAAUUCUUUUCAAAGAUUUCCUGAUAAUUGGUGAAAAUUAGGUGGCAGCAUUGAGUUUUAUGCUUAGGAAAGCAUCUUGUAUCACCACCUGGUACACAGAAACUGAUAUCUGAUCUUACCUUAUGAAGACAGUAAAUUAAACAUUUUUGGAUCAAUGAAUGCAUCAAAGAUUUAUACUUA